AUGUUUGGCAUUUCAGAAGCCGAGCAAAAAGUUGUGGAUAUAGUUAAUAAGAUUAGAGAGGAAGAAAAUGAUGAAAAUGCGAUGGAUUAUAGAGAUGUUAAAAUUGAGGAUGAAAAUAAGGCGAAGAAGAAGUUUGAGUUGGCUAAUGAUGCUGAUUUUUAUACGGAUGCGGAAACAUCGAAUUUGGUUUUGGAAAUAAAAAUGAUGUAUCGAUUACGAUGGUUACACCGCGAUUUACCAAUAUUCGAGCGUCGGUGA